AUGAGCCACGGCUUGGCCCGCGGCCGCGAGCAGCCUGGGCGGGCGACUUUCGACAGUAUGGUUUAUGGCACCAACUUACCGAGUAAUCACAGAGACGCGUCAAGCUCAAGCUCCAGGAUGGAUCCACAGCGGUGGAAGGAGAAACAAGCUACACCUAUUAUACCCCCCGUGCCGGGCUCAUCUGGACACUCUCGUUCGUCUAACCCCUGGUCAGGUAGAAUGGGGAGCAAUCUACAUGGUCCUAAGACAGGAAACCACACUGCCACUCGCACCGUACUCGACAUUCCUUCUGCGCACAAUCAUACGAGCUUUCGGCCCGCGAAGCGUCCUCGCUUGGACAGCACUGCUAGAUACUGUGGCAGAGGAGACCAUGAGCUCGAUGCCCCCGUAGCGGCGUCGAAGUUCUUCGGUAAUCCAGCGAAGAAUGAGAAUAUUCCAACCAAUCGGAAUGCUUACUGCGUACCAAACCUUGCCGCCUCCCGCCGUUCAGAACCCACCCUCCAAACGGUCUACGUCGUUGACGACGACGACGACAUUGGGUUACGGAAAGACCAAAAGGAGGAUAUUGGCGUCGUCAUGAAACGUCCACUACAUUCUCAAGCGGACUACCGGCGGAGAACAUCCAGCCCGGACCCGCUAAACGUCAUAGACCUCUGUGAACCAGGACCUUCGAGCAUACACCCUGACGGCCUGCAUGAUUUUGACACUGAUACACAACAACCCCGAAACCGUGGUGCACGAGAUGGCGUUGCAACAAAGCGCCUACAGCGUAGACUGCACAACAAACAGACAUCAGCAGAUAUAGCACCCGCAGAAGAGGUCGUCGUAGAUGGGGACGACGAUGUGGAAGUGGAGUCCAUUGAAUCAGCGUCUGGAUUCGGUGAUCAACCAGGCCGAGAAACUUCUCCUAGUGGGCUCACAAAGGUACCUGCGGGCACUGUUCGGGAAAUGAUUGCACGUUUCGAACCGACGCGGUCGGAGCAACUGCCACCCACAGUCGAUUUCGAUAACCUUCCUAUAAAACAAGCCACACGCAAGAGCAAGAUGAAGUCUAGAACGGGACUCAACAUACAACCUAUCAAACAGAAUCAGUUGGACGCAGUCGCUACUGCACCGUCUGGGUUCGAUUCUACGGCGAAGAAGAAGGGUACGAAAAGGUCUCAGUCACAGUCGCCUCUGCUUGCAUUACCUGUUGAAGCAUUCCUACUUGGCUUGGAGAUGAACGAGGCGGGACUUGAUCCCUAUUGGUUGAUUUUUGAUCCAAACACUAAGGUUCUAUCCUCGAGGCCCACCAUAUCGGGAGCAGCGACGUUCUUUGAACUCAAUGCUGACUCCGAUAUUGAAGCCAUGACGUACAGUAAAUCACCAGUACCUGAUGGGUCACCUGCAGUUCUGAAGCUGGAGUUAUCGACGCGUUGCAGAAAGAUUCGAGAAUUGCAAACAGGAUCUAGAGGAUCAAACGUUGUGACGUUCAAAUUCUUAAAGGGACACGCAAAUUGGUCAAAUGGCCACCUCUUCUCGCAGCUUAUUGAGAAUUUGAAGACCAAAAUCAAGAACUCGAAUAUGCUGGACGAACAUGGCUCCUACUCCUGCUGGAAUAUUGCCGAAACCAUAGCCAAACACAAGGUAGCGGAGUUGGAAAGGAAGCGUGCAUCUGUUCCUGCCAGUAAGAAGAUAGAAGGCCUAUCCUCUACUUUGCCCAUAUCCGAAACUACAACAGCGAAUAGUGUCAAGCCGAGGCCGCAACCGAGACUCCGCAACAGAGGCGAACCUGAUGUGGAUGCUAUCCAGGAGUUGAGACCUACUCGCAUCACACGACAAAUGGCCCUCCGCAACACCCGUUCCAGUCCCUCUGCAGUGGUCGAAGCGGAAGAACUUAUCUUGGUUUAUCCACCCGCAGGUGCUGGAGCUAUCUAUAUCAAGAGUAGCGACCUUAAUCGCUUGGAACCAGAGAAAUAUCUGAAUGAUACUCUCAUUGAGUUUGGUCUGAAACUGUGGUUAAACGAACUUCGCGAGAAUCAUCCUGAGCUCGCAGAAGACGUCUACGUGUUCAGUUCGUUCUUUUACAAGAAGCUUAACAUCAAGAACAAAGCAGAAGGAUACCAGAGCGUGCGGAAAUGGACAUCCAAAUUCGAUAUUUUCAAGAAGAAAUAUGUCAUCGUGCCUAUCAACGAACAUUUUCACUGGUGGUUAGCCAUUAUUUACAACCCUGAGCACAUUCUGAACCCUCCGCCCCCAACCCCCAUUAAAUCUGUUACACGCAAACGCAAGCGCGAACAGUCUCAAGCCAAAGCAGCGGAAGCGUCAACUAGCAUAGAGAACGAAUCUGCUUCUCGUCAUGCUAGCCCUUCGGUGGAUGCGAUCACCGUCGACGACAGCGAGGCCGAACAGGAGGUGGUGGAGGUAUUGUUCGAAAGAACCUCUAUUAGCGACAGAGCCGAUCAGCCUCAGCGUUUCCCAAGCGAGACUUCUCGUGAAGAAUUGGGGAAGGAAACCCACUUCGAGAUUGGUGAUUUGAUGUACCCUGGGAGCGAUGAUGCCGUUCCUAUGGACGUCGACGAGCCGUCACCUCAGCCACAUCCGCUCGAGGAUAUACCUGUCACCGAGGUCGUUGUUGAUGACGACGUUGAAAUCAAAUCGGCCGACAGUUCAACAUUUGUGGCGGACAAUGAUGAAAGGAGUGUCCCCCCUUCCAGGUUCUACGGCGGAGCCUCCGGAUCAACCAAGGCGAAAGAGAAGGCUGCUGGUCCAUCGGCUAUUGAUCUGGAAGAGGAACAACAGACUGAGGAAGGCGAGGACGACAAUCUUGGGACUGAACAACUGACGUAUAUCUUCACGUUCGACUCGCUAGGCGGACGACAUCCGCAAGCUGCCAAUACGCUGAGCACAUAUCUCCAAAUGGAAGCAAAGGAUAAAAAGGGCUUAGAGAACACAAGUCGAGCGAAGGGGAAGGUCGCACAUGUGCCUGAUCAGAAAAACUUCUCUGACUGUGGGGGAUAUCUUUUGCAUUUUGUGCGGACAUUCAUGUCAGACCCCGUUCAUUUUGCCGAGAUCAUCAUUAACGGGCGACCAAGGGAUUUUUCUGCCGAUAUGCGUAAAGAAAUCUGGCACGCCAAGGAGGCUGGAAAUUUCCGGGAGAACCUCAAGGAUCGAAUCUUGGCUCUGUCGGAGACCUGGAAGGAGGAUAGGGUAGCGAAGGAGGACCAGAAGGCCAAAGGCUCUGCAGAAGGUAUCACUACGCCUGCGGAGUCGGUGAUACCAGAGUCGGACGAUGAAAUCGAAGUCGGGGAAGUGGAGGUGGUCUCGAGACCCCCGCCAUCCAAGACAAAGUCUGGCGGCCGCGGUCGCGGCAAGGGCGGCGUGGAGAAGGAUGAUGUGCAGACAGGGCCGGCAGCUCGCCUGCGAUGA